UUAAACAACUUCCAUUACAAAUAAUAAAAGAAUAAAAGAAGCUAGUAGCUCUUGGACCCAGAUCUUCUUCUCUUCUUCCUCUAUAAACAAAACAUGGGUUUUCCCCCUCUACAAUCCCAAAACAUAUCAACCGUUCUCUUCUCUCAGCGAUGCCUGGAAGCUUAAGGAAUCUGUCACUUUUUCCCAAAAUCUUCUCCUUCACCUUGCUUCUCAUCUUAUUAAACUCCCUUCUCUUUUUCCCAUGCUGUUACUCUCUUGAUGAGCAAGGCCAAGCUCUUAUAGCCUGGAAAAACACCUUAAACAUCACUUCAGAUGUGUUAGCAUCAUGGAACCCUUCAGCCUCAAGCCCAUGCAACUGGUUUGGGGUGUAUUGCAACUCACAAGGAGAAGUCGUAGAGUUAAACUUGAAGUCAGUGAACUUGCAAGGCUCAUUGCCUUCAAAUUUUCAACCUUUAAAAGGGUCCUUGAAGAUUCUUGUCCUCUCAUCAACCAACCUCACAGGAAGUGUACCAAAAGAGAUUAGAGACUAUGUAGAGCUCAUCUUUGUUGAUCUCAGUGGAAAUUCUCUCUUUGGUGAAAUCCCAGAAGAAAUUUGCAGCCUAAGGAAACUGCUGAGUUUGUCUCUCCAUAUGAACUUCCUCCAAGGAAACAUUCCAUCCAACAUUGGCAAUCUAACAAGCCUUGUUAACUUGACACUCUAUGACAACCACCUCAGUGGUGAAAUUCCAAAGAGCAUUGGCUCCUUGAGAAAGCUCCAAGUCUUCAGAGCAGGUGGAAACAAGAAUCUCAAGGGUGAGAUUCCAUGGGAGAUUGGAAGCUGCACCAACUUGGUCACGCUAGGCCUUGCAGAAACCAGCAUUUCAGGAAGCCUUCCUUCUUCAAUCAAAAUGCUGAAAAGAAUCAAUACCAUAGCCAUAUACACAACUCUAUUGUCAGGUCCCAUUCCAGAAGAGAUUGGCAACUGCAGUGAGUUGGAGAACCUGUACUUGCAUCAGAACUCUAUCUCAGGCUCAAUACCAAGCCAAAUUGGAGAACUCGGCAAGCUUAAGAGUCUACUUUUGUGGCAGAACAAUAUCGUAGGAACAAUCCCAGAAGAGCUUGGAAGCUGCACAGAGAUCGAAGUCAUAGAUUUGUCAGAAAAUCUUCUCACAGGUAGCAUACCAAGGAGCUUUGGCAACCUUUCAAAUCUCCAAGAGCUUCAACUAAGUGUCAAUCAGCUCUCAGGUAUAAUCCCUCCUGAGAUUUCAAAUUGUACUUCUCUGAAUCAACUGGAACUUGACAACAAUGCUCUCUCUGGUGAGAUUCCUGAUCUUAUUGGCAACUUGAAAGACUUGACUCUUUUCUUUGCAUGGAAGAACAAAUUAACAGGAAACAUCCCAGAUAGUCUUUCUGAGUGCCAAGAACUUGAGGCAAUUGAUCUCUCUUACAACAACUUGAUUGGUCCAAUUCCCAAACAACUAUUUGGGUUGAGGAACCUCACCAAGCUUCUGCUUCUUUUUAAUGAUUUAUCAGGCUUUAUACCACCUGAUAUAGGAAACUGCACUAGCCUCUACAGGCUGAGGUUGAAUCACAAUAGACUAGCAGGUAGCAUUCCACCAGAAAUUGGCAACUUGAAGAGUUUGAACUUUAUGGACAUGAGCAGCAAUCAUCUUUCAGGGGAGAUUCCUCCAACGCUAUAUGGAUGCCAGAAUCUUGAGUUUCUAGACCUUCAUUCCAACAGUAUCACUGGUUCUGUUCCAGAUUCUCUUCCCAAAAGCCUUCAGUUGAUUGACUUGUCCGACAACAGACUAACAGGUGCAUUGAGUCACACAAUUGGUUCAUUGGUUGAGUUAACCAAACUCAACCUUGGGAACAAUCAGCUAAGUGGAAGAAUCCCGUCAGAGAUCUUGUCUUGCACGAAGCUACAACUUCUGGACUUGGGAAGCAAUAGCUUCAAUGGAGAAAUUCCCAAUGAAGUUGGUCUAAUUCCUUCUCUGGCAAUAUCUCUCAAUCUUAGCUGCAACCAGUUUUCUGGUAGAAUUCCUUCCCAGUUCUCGAGUCUUACCAAACUAGGAGUUCUUGAUCUCUCACAUAACAAGCUCUCGGGGAAUUUAGAUGCUCUUUCCGACCUUGAGAAUCUUGUUUCCUUAAAUGUUUCCUUCAAUGGCCUCUCUGGUGAGUUGCCUAACACCUUAUUCUUCCACAAGCUUCCUCUUAGUGAUCUUGCUGAAAAUCAAGGUCUCUACAUUGCUGGAGGUGUUGCAACUCCUGGUGACAAAGGUCAUGUUAGAUCAGCCAUGAAGUUCAUUAUGUCCAUUCUCUUAAGCACCAGUGCAGUACUAGUGCUUCUCACAGUCUAUGUCUUAGUCAGAACUCAUAUGGCCAACAAGGUGCUUAUGGAAAAUGAAACUUGGGAGAUGACUUUGUAUCAGAAGCUAGAUUUCUCCAUUGAUGACAUUGUCAUGAAUUUGACAUCAGCCAAUGUGAUUGGCACUGGAAGCUCCGGAGUUGUGUACAAAGUUACAAUUCCAAAUGGUGAAACAUUGGCUGUUAAGAAGAUGUGGUUAUCAGAAGAGUCAGGAGCAUUCAAUUCUGAAAUUCAAACAUUGGGGUCAAUAAGGCACAAGAACAUCAUCAGGCUUCUUGGAUGGGGAUCAAACAAGAGCCUGAAGUUGUUGUUUUAUGACUACCUCCCUAAUGGAAGCCUGAGCUCAUUACUUCAUGGUUCAGGAAAGGGAAAAGCUGAAUGGGAGACAAGAUAUGAUGCUAUAUUAGGUGUGGCACAUGCACUUGCAUAUUUGCACCAUGAUUGUUUGCCUGCUAUUAUUCAUGGAGAUGUCAAAGCCAUGAAUGUGUUACUAGGCCCUGGACACCAACCUUACCUUGCUGACUUUGGCCUGGCAAGAACUGCAACUGAAAAUGGUUGCAAUACUGAUUCCAAGCCACUUCAAAGACAUUACCUUGCUGGUUCAUAUGGAUACAUGGCUCCUGAGCAUGCAUCACUGCAGCCUAUAACUGAAAAGAGUGAUGUGUACAGUUUUGGCAUGGUUCUACUUGAGGUUCUCACAGGAAGGCACCCAUUAGACCCAACUCUACCAGGGGGUGCACACUUGGUUCAGUGGGUUAGGAACCACUUGUCUAGCAAAGGAGAUCCUUCUGACAUUCUUGACACAAAGCUUAGAGGGAGGGCUGAUCCCACCAUGCAUGAAAUGCUACAAACUCUAGCAGUGUCCUUUCUAUGUGUAAGCACUAGAGCUGAUGAGAGGCCAACAAUGAAGGAUGUUGUUGCAAUGCUCAAGGAAAUUAGACCCCUUGAGACCUCAAGGGCAGACCCUGAUGUAUUGAAGGGAGGUUUAACAGCACAUAGUUCACCACCACCUCCUAAGAAUGUGGUCUCACAUGGAUCUUCGACAUGUUCCUACAAUUUCUCGGAUAACUCAAUCAAUUGAGCAUGUAUGAAUAAGUUUGCAUCUCAUGGAGAAGCUAUCACUCCAAUUGUACAUAGUCUAAUGCAAUGCCAAUCAGAGGUGGCCUGAAUUAUUAUUAGUUAAUGAUAUUCUAGUAAUCUAGUGUAUAAUUUUUUUUCCUUUUAAUGUAAUGUCAUAUAGACGAUGCAGGUUUCAAGAAUCCAUAUAUUCAUUUGAAAUAUAUAAAUAAAUAUAAUUUCUUAAGCAUUUACUUAA